GGUCUCGUGACAGAGAACUUUCAGCCAAUCACAGCGUUCCAUCUGUAGCCAUGGCGGCCGGUGGCUGGCGGUGGUGCUCGCGGCUUGUGCUCUGCGCGUGUUUGCUAGCUGUUAGCUCGGCACGCGCCGGUGAGGACCAGAAGAAGAAGAAGGACAUCAGAGACUACAAUGACGCGGACAUGGCGCGCUUACUGGAGCAGUGGGAGAAGGACGACGACAUCGAAGAGGGCGACCUGCCGGAGCACAGGCGGCCGCCUCCCCCCGUGGACUUCUCAAAGGUGGACCCGUCCAAGCCGGAGGAGCUCCUCAGGAUGUCCAAGAAGGGCCGGACGCUGAUGGUGUUCGCCACCGUGUCCGGAGAGCCCACGGAGAAGGAGACGGAGGAGAUCACGGGGCUGUGGCAGGGCAGCCUCUUCAACGCCAACUUUGACAUUCAGAGGUUCGUGGUCGGCUCCAACAGGGUGAUCUUCAUGCUGAGGGACGGCAGCCUGGCUUGGGAGGUGAAGGACUUCCUGGUGGCCCAGGACCGCUGCGCCGACGUGACGGUGGAGGGUCAGGUGUUUCCAGGGAGGGCCGCCGGGGGGGCCCAGGAUGGACAGAAGAAGCAGAACCAAGAGAAGGAGCCCAACCGGGCCAAGCCGGAGCUAUAAACUGGAGCUGCUGCCCCCACCAGGUUGCCGGGGGGAGGGGCACUGGGUCCACCGACUCCCUCUGCUGGACCCUUCAGUGGUCAGAGUCAACCAGAACCAGAACUUGUCAAAAUGUCGAAUUGUUUGUGUGUGGGCGGUUCUGCAGAACCCAGUCCAUCCUGGUUCUUAUGGACCUCGAGGUUUCCAGAGGGGAACGUUCCGGUGGUUUUCAUGAAACUUGAAUAAACACUUUUGUACAAACA